GUGUCCUUGAAUGGCCAUUUUGGACAAAACUCGUUGUGGUGGCCAUUGGAUUCACGGGGGGCCUGGUCUUCAUGUACGUGCAGUGUAAGGUUUAUGUUCAGCUGUGGCGCAGGUUGAAAGCCUACAACAGAGUGAUCUUUGUUCAGAACUGCCCAGACACCGCCAAAAAAAUGGAGGAGAAGAACUCUUCGUGCACUCAGACCUCGGACGUCAAAGACGCAGUGGUCGUGCCAAUAGCACAGACAGGUACAAACUCUCAUCCGGCAGCUGAAGAAACGACAUCUGAGGUCAUGCCAGUUUGA